AAAUGUGUCAGAGCAGUGAAGUUUCCUCACACUGCAAAGAUGACGAGAUCAGCGAGCGCAGACAGUCUUCCUCUGCAGAUUCUUUGGGACUGGCUGAGGCAACAGAGCUUCCUCAGAUCUCCAUUUUUCCCAGUUAUAUUCUCCCUGACUGCCUACCUGAGCUGCUGCUUGCCUUAUGUUUGUCUGGAUCUGCUCUGUUCCAGAAUGACCCUGGUACAACGCUUCAAGAUUAAACCUCAAAGCAAGGUGACAUGGGCAAUGACUUGGAGGUGCUUGCGGAAUAUUCUCUACAACCACGUCUGUUUUAUUUUCCCCCUGUCUGUUGUGCACUGGUACUUCAGACCCGUGUUUUCUCCUCCUUUGGCACCUGAGAUGCUGUGUGUUGUUAAGGAUGUCCUGGCCUGCCUGCUCCUGUUUGACAUGCAGUACUUUCUGUGGCACGUGCUACACCACAAGGUGUCCUGGCUGUACCAUUUCUUUCACAAGGAGCACCACUUCUACAUGGACACCUUCGCUCUGAUGACAGAAAACACAGAUGUCUGGGAGGUGCUGAGUCUCAGCUUCUUCACAACACUGAACCCUGCACUUCUGGACUGCCAUCCACUCACAGAGGUGCUCUUCUAUGUCACUAACAUCUAUCUGUCUGUGGAGACUCAUUCAGGCUAUGAGUUUCCCUGGUCUCCGCAUAGGCUAGUGCCUUUUGGCCUCUACGGAGGAGCUCAGCAUCACAGCCUCCACCACCUCAAAUUCCAAGUGAACUACGCACCGUACUUCACACACUGGGACAGACUUUUUGGCACACUGCAGAGGAAUACAGAAGAGUUCAACAAACACACAGAUUUUAAAAGGUCGAGAUUAUCAGAAAAUGUUAAGGACUUUUAUCAGAUGUUAACCUGCAAGAGAAAAAGCAACCAAUGAAGAAAAUGGACUUAAUGAAGUCUCUAGUCUUGAUUACAACCAUCAAUAGCAAACUAUAGCAAAAAUCUAUAAUUUAUUACUGGUUUUAAGAGAGACAUGAGAAAAUUUGAAUCUAAACUUUAAAGUUGGAAGUUGUCUCACUGUUGAAAUUCAAUUGAAAUUGUAAUGUGACUGUAUUUCAAGGUAUCACUUAUGGUCUCUUAAAUCAUUGUAAUAUUAAUUCUUAUUUUCUUAAACUGCUUAUAUUAUGUCUAUAUUUCUAGGUCUUCCUUUUUUCCCUACACUUCUGUAAAUUGUUUAUUAUCGACGCCUACCUCUGUUUUUCACUAUUCACUUUGCUGCUGUAACAAUGUGAAUUUCCCCAUUGUGGGACAAUAAAGGAAAUCUUAUCUUAUUGUAUCUUUCCCACA